GGCCGGAGGAUUGAUAAUUGACAGUAAAAUAUAGGUCGGCCCAAUAACUGCACUACCACCAUAGUUUUACUACCAUCUCAUCAAGAGCUCUCUUCUAGAAAUCAACGAGUUCGCACACCUACCAAAGAUCGGUUUUCAGAGAUUUUUUCUUUUAAACGGCCACAUAACGAAAGAAUCGUUCUCCGAUGUCCAGCAUGUCGAGCGUGGGCAGCAAAAGCAUUUAUAGUUGCUCUAGUGAUGGCGUUGUUGAAUCAUGGAGGCCUCAGCUAUCGCGGCGCCAACGGAGGACGACUCUUCCCGAGUUGCUCCAGCUUCGACAAACCCACGGACUCUCCCAGCAGCGAAAGAUCCGGGGAUACGGACCACUGUCAGAUCUUAAUCCCCACCACGUAGCCUCGACGCCAUAUCUUUCGUACCGGGGAGCCUGGAAUCCGACGAGAAUGCAAAACACAAUACUCGUUGUGGGGCCGGGGACACCCGCCUCGACGGUUCGAACAACGCGAGUAAAAGCCCAGUCGGGAACGGCGAGAAACGGGGAGGAAGAAAACGAGGAAUCAGAUUCGUUGUCCUCUAAUUCCAUUGAAGGCAACGGCGAACAUGAUGGCGAAGAAGAGGGAGAGGACGAAAUAGACAGCAGUGAAGUGGAAGCCAUGGAAGACGAAGAACGAAUGGGCGAGGAAGACGAUGACACCGAGAGAGAUCCCGAUGACGACAACGAGGAUGAUAACGAGCAUGACGAUGACAGCGGUUCAGAAGGAUUCUACGAGUUUUUGCGGAACAACUACGGCAAUAUCAACGACGAGGAAGAUUUGUCUAGCGACGAGGAACCCGUUCUGGAGAGAAGGAACAAAUGCCACUACCGCCCUAGCAUGCGCCACAGCGGAUGUAUCAAUACAGCUGCGUGGCUGACGUCGGAAUGUGGAUGGAGGUUGUCAACGGUGACCGAUGAGGGCGGCGCAGGAGUCCGCGGCAUCGAAACGGAAGAGCUGUCCCACCAAAUUGUGACGAGUGGGGACGAUCACCUCCUCAAGGUAUGGGACGUUUCCGAACCCAUGGGAACCUCGAGUCCACUCGCGGGUGGAACCGCGACGCUGACCCCUUUUUCGUCGUCGUACAACGUGGAGAAAAAUUUCUAUAAGUGCAAGGAACGGUGGCAAUCCAUGUACGAUGCUCGAAGAACAUGUGGCGAAGAGGGUGACGCUUGUGGGAAUGAUUACCGUGCACCGGGAACCGUCCGGCUGCUGACGACCGUUUCGACCGGACACAGGGGCAACGUCUUUCACGUCACCCMACUGAGGGGACGACCGGGUGUGUUUGCAACGUGCGCUGCGGAUGGAUUCCUGCGACUCGUUGACGUGGAGCGAUCCGGUCCGUCUGCAAGUAACAACAGCAGGGACCUCAGCACGGUCGUGAUCCACCCCAUGUACGACCGCAAUACAGGUGGAGCCGGUGCCAUCGAUUCCGAGAACCCGCUGGCUUAUUAUUUGAGAAAUAGCAGCGGCAUGUGCUUUUCCCACGUGAUGCUAGACGGCAACAACAUCGGUUUGCUAUGCAGCGAAAAAGGGCUGUUGCGAUUCGACUUGCGCCUGUCACCGAGAGAACAGUGCACCAACAGUCUGUUGCCGGUGACGGCGCGUUCGUCUCGGUCUAUACUCCGGACCGUCCGAGCUUGCAAGGCGUGCGCUGUUCUUCCCACCAGUUCCGGUGGGGAUAGCGGGAACUUAUUUGGCGAAACUUCUACCUAUGUUUUUGGUACGUGUUGAGUUGAGAUUUACCGUGGUGCUUGUCAUCUUUAGCCCGAUGCUAACCCCUACUUUUCGAUCAUGUUCUGUGCAGCUGGCGGGUCUUCACCUUCCGUGGCACUUUGCGAUCUGCGAAUGACAGCCACACCGGCUCAGCAAAGGUCAAGUGGCAGCCGCGUUCUUCAGUACUACAAACCGAUGUCGUUGUCGGAAGAAAAUCCGGUUUCGGUCAGUGGGUUGGAUUUAUGCCGCGAUGGCAAAGAGCUAUUGGUUUCUUAUGAAAGUGACCAAAUUUACACGUUUCCCAUCUUUCCGUAUAGUGAAUCUCCUCGGCGUUCGGCUACUGAUCAGCUGACAGAAUUAUUGAACAGUGAGACACUGCACAGCGAGAACGAGACUAUCGAGGAAGACAAGCUUUAUCCUUGGGGUCAAGGCAAGCGCAUUCUCCCGGAGUUGGCUUCUUAUGGCGCACACCUGAAUCGAUAUACGUUCCUAAAGAAUGCCAGAUACGCGGGGCCUAGAGACGAGUACAUCUGCACUGGAUCCGAUUCAGGUCAUGCUUGGGUUUACGAGAAAGCUACGGGUGCUGUGGUAUCGUUUUGGAAGGCAGAUGAGUCUACAUGCAAUGGAGUUGUUCCUCACCCAACGCUGCCGAUUUUUGUAAGCUAUGGAAUAGAUUCAACUGCGAAAUUGUGGAGAUCGACCACACCGGUUGACUCGGAGGUAGACGAUGGAGCAGUUGGUCGCCGAAAGCAUUUCCGAAUGACCCAAGAACGAUCGUAUAAGAUGACACCAACGGUUAGGAGCUGUGAACGAGUUCGAGAAAUCCUUGAGGAUCUGAAUUCGCGGGAUAAUACAGAUUCCGAAAUAUUCGCGGAUCAAAUCCCUUGCGAAAACUUCGUACGUCUAGUUCGGGUGAUACCACUUUAUUCAAGAGCGUCGAGCCGCAAUCCAACCGGUCGCCAAGGAAUUCCAAAAAUUGGCAACGAUUUACACAAUCUUCCUGACGCCUUGAAAGCCAAUUCAUCCGCCGUGAUUCGGUCGCUCUUCGAGGACAAUGACGUGCCAGUUGAAAGCGAUACCGAAGAUUUUAAGCGGAGGGUUAGUUUGAUUCGACUCCGUCACCAGGCAGAUAGCUUGGGUCUUACCUGGAAUCCGAACCUUCCUUGGUUGAUGGAGGGCCACCCAACGGUUGAUAGAACAGAAAAAAUAAUGGAUGGCUCUGCUGAGGAUCGUAACGUCGACCGUUCAGAAUUAGUACCUGAAUAUCCGUCCGAUUGGAUUCCAUACGACGCCGAAAUGAGCAACGAUCCAUUUCACUUUCGGGAUAAUUUCUGUGGCAAGUAUAACUUUUAUAAUGACUUUUACAGAGACAGAUACUACGCUCUGGAUGAGACAGGAUUUUUUUCUAACGAAGGUGGUGAUGACACUACUAGUGGUGAUAGCGACGAAGUCGGCGACUAUAACAAUGAAACAACUCAACGCGAUGAGGGCAAUAAUAUGAAAACUAGAUCCAUAAAAGAGGAAGAAAGUAGUGAAGGAAAAGAUGAGCUUUUGGACGAAAGGGAUGAUGACGAUGAAGAGGGAACGAAAGAUGACGAAAAUUCAGACGCAAGCAACGAUUUUACACGAAAUUCAAACAGGAUAUUAGCGGAGACCGUAAAAACCCUGAAGGAUGGCGGCAACGCUGCAUUCAAGGCUGGAAAGCUUGGAUUAGCAGCAUACCGAUACGACAAAGCAAUACAGUAUGGCUUUGUCGCUUUUAUGAAAAGCCGAAGGAGAGGUAUUCUUCGCUUCGACAGUCUAUUGAAAAAUCUGGUAAUGACUCGAUUGAACAUUGCGCUAGUUUUGCUCAAUGAGCAUUUCAUGGAAUUACAGGUAGCGCGAAAGCAAGCUAAAUUGGCUCUUGAAGAAGUAUCUCCUUUUUGCGACCCUCAACGUAACGAAAAUCAAGAGUCCUUGGACGAAGCUCUCGCCUUGAAAGCAAAGGCGUGCUUUCGCUUGGGUUCGGCACAGUACGAGUUGGGCGACUAUCAUGACUCUAUUGCUUCGUUGGAAGAGAGCAUCAAGAGCACUAGUGAGAUUUCAAAGUCAAAGGAUAAUACACCAGACUCUUUAGUUCUGAAGCGUCUCGCUCUGGCGAAACGAGAAUAUAUGAAACAAUCCAAGAGACAGAGGAAAAAAUUUAAGUUUGCUUUUGGCCAAUCAACUUCUGAAUCACCAUCUAAAUUAGACUCGGAAUCAGCGACGAAUUCGGGUAGACAACUCAAAAAAGAAUCUACGUGUGCGCAAGAAUUGUCCUCGCCAACACCGUCGCAACUGCCAGUAGCCGACGAAUCUUUAGCAAGUAUAGAGGGUGCCAAUCUCACUGUUCCAAAUCCAAUGACUCAGGCAAUUCCAAAUUCUGUAACUCCGAUGAAUAGUCCUGCAACGGGGGUGGAAACAGGAUUGAUAUCUAGUGCGACAACAACAAAUGCACCUUCUCUCCCGGAUGAAGAGAGAAAUGCAUGAACGCUUACUCUUCCUAUUCCGUUCAUAUUCACAAUGAUGAACUGUUUGAGUCAUUCUGUAUCGUGAUUUCCCCUAGAAAAUUUAUGCACAUAGUGAAAGGUAUCGCGAGCGAUACAAUUGCAAGGCAAAGGGUAGUUUAACGUUUAAAGAAAUCUG